AUGGGCAAACGAAAAAUUGAAAAUGAAGAAAAACGGAAGAGGGAGCCAAAUUACACGAAGGCCGAAACAAGGCGGCUUUUAAAAAUGAUUGCUACUAGGGCGCAUAUUACUGAAAAUAAAAGAACCGAUUCCGUCACGUGGAAGCAGAAAGAGGAGACGUGGAAAGAAAUUGCUGCCGAAUACAAUCCAAUAACAGGAAAUGUAAUCCGAACACCAGAAAGGAUUCGUCGAAAGUACCAAGCGACGAAGAGAGAUAUAAAACGCAAAGUUGCGUUCAAUAAAAAAGAAACGUACAAAACUGGUGGCGGAUCUUCCCAGUAUGUGAGCUUCGAAGAUUAUGAGACCGAACUGUUAGAGUCCCUAACAGUGCCUGUCAAUGGACUUCCAUCAGAAUUUUAUUCAGAUGAGGGAUUGAUUCCUAUGGCAAUGAAUGGUGAAACAUCAGAUAACCCGAACAUUGAAAUUGCAGUCAAUGAGGAUCUAACAUCAGAUGCUCAAGUGCCACAAAUAAUAAUUGAUGAGGCACAUGUUGAUCCAUCUGAAACAGAGGAAUCCAUCGUCCCGGGACUUUUGCAGGUUUGCUCAAAGGACGGAGGAGAGGAGUGAACUCAAAUAUUAAAUGGACGGGAUGGUCUCCUGCACAACUAAAAACAAAAAAACAUCCUCUCCUAAAUCAAAAAAAGGCAAAGGGGCACUGUACCAAGGACCAAUUAACGGUGAAAGUGGAGAAUGUGGUGAACUCACGUCAUAACCUUGUAGAAUUGCAGAAGAAGUACCUGGAAAACGAGGAGCUUCAUCGAGUUGA